AUGUCUAAAUAGUAAAAUCUUCCUUAUAGUUUUAAUGAAAUGACAUAGGCUCAAUAAACUAUGUUUCUUAAAGCUAAAACGUAAUUAGAAAAAGAAAAAGCUUGGGCUGAAAUCAGAAAAUAGAAAGAGGAAGAAGAAUAUAAAAGAUCAAUAUUAUAAUCCAAUUCAUAAAUAUAAAAUCCUUAAACAUCUAAAGUUAAUCUAGAAAAAAUAUCAAGUGAAUCAGAAUCAUCUGAUUCAUUAUAAUCAGAAAAUGAAUUUCAAAAAGAAGAACCCCAAUUUGAUUAAAAAAUUGAAGAAAAACCAAUCAUUCCAGAACCUAAUAAUGAACUCUUAGAUAAUUAUUUUAAAUUAAUCUAAAAUGCAUAACUAAAAAGAGAUCAAAUUUAUUAUAUCUUAAUGAAACAUUUCUGUGAUAAUGUCAUUGAAGGAUCAUUUGUUAAAAUCAAUGAACCUAAUCUUAUUAGAAGAAAAGAAUAAAGUUAUGCAAUUGCUUAAGUUUUAGCUGUUGUUGAAGGAGAAAAAUAAUAUCAAUUAGAAUAGACUUAAACUUACAAAUUACUUAAAUUAUAAUUCGGAGAAGUAAAAGAACCUAAAUUAAGACAUAUUACUCUUAUUUCUAAUCAAUAAAUUUAAAAGCAAGAAUUUGUUGUUUGGCAAAAAAGAUGUGAAGAAAAUGGAAUUCAAAUUCCCUCCAAAGAAUAUUUAUAAAAAAAAGAAAGGUAAAUGCUAUCAAUUUAUUUUUAACUAGAGAUAUUAUUAAAUCCACUACUAAAUUAACAGAUGAUUAAAUUAAAGAAAGAAUUAACUAUAAUCUCACUAAAUGGAUAUAAAAUCCUAAAUCCAAUAUUCAUUUUAGAGAUUUGCCGGUUUAUUAAAAUUUUAUCAAAAAUCUUAUUUCCACCAAUAAAUCUAUUAUUGAAUAAGGAGAAGAAUUCAUUGCAGAUAUUCAAGAUCCUGGAGAAGGUGAAACUGAAAAAAAAUAAUUAAAAUAAGAAGAAACUAGCAAAAUUUUAAGAUAUUAAAGAUAAAAUAGAGAAAAGACUGAAGAGAAUGUUCAUUUAAAUGAGGAAUUAAAAAAAAUUGAAUCACUACUUAAAUAAUUUAAAAACACUUAAAGUUAAAAAGUUGAACCUUAAAAAAAAUAACCUUAACCAAUAGAAUAAUAAUAAGUGAUAAAAUAAAUCAAAUAAAGUGUUAAAUUAUCUAUUAAUCAUGAUUAUUAUAAACAAUUAGAUUUAAAAUAUGUUAGGUAAUAUCCAAACAUAAAAACAAUUGAUGGAAGUGAACAAUUUAAAGCUAAAAUUUUUAAUAUGCAUAAUAGAGAACUUCCUAUUGAUAAUAUAAUUGAUAGAAUGAUGAUUUUGGAAUGA